CACAACAACACAUUAAAAAACACACAAAAAAAAAACACACACAAAAAAUAAAUAAACUACUUUUUUGGUCACCCGCUGGGACUGGGACACGGACACUGGGACUCUGUGAUGCACAAUGGGCUUUCCGCGCAUUCUCAGCAAAAACAACAAAAUUUACACAAAGCUGGGCGAGUUCUGCCUCUCUGGCGACAGCUUCUGGAUCGUCUGCCACACUUGCCAGGAGGAAUUGCAGACGCAAGAUCAAUUCUGGAAGCACAUACAAGAUGAGCACAAUUUUCUGCAUGGCGUUGCCAAGGAACAUAGUCGCACAUCGAGCUACUGUCUGACCGAUGUAGAGGCAGCGGCGGCGGCAACGACACCUGGAGCCACAGCCUCAUCCCAAGGUGCGGGCAGUGUGACAGCUGUAACAGUUCCCCUUGCCCUCUACCACUGCUCGGCUAAGUAUAGUGAUGAUGAGCAGCGAGAAGUUGAACUUCAUGAGGCGCACCAGCAGCAGCAACAACAACAACAGCAACAACUGCAUCAACAACAACAACAACAGCAGCGUGAUGCCGCCAAAGAGUUGGCAGAGCUUCAUGCAAAUGCAGUGGCCGCUGCUGCUGCUGUUGCCGCCGCCAGCGACGGCAGUGCCAGAAGUAGUAGUGGCAUUGACAUUAAAGUGGAGCCCGCCACUUUGGCCCUGCCGCCAGAUAUGCAAGCGGCAGCGGCUGCAGCAGCAGCAGCCAAUGCCACAAUCUAUCACUUGCCACAGUUAGUGCCAGCGCCGGCGCCGCCACCUACAGCAAGUUUUGUAAGUGCCAGUGGCGGCAGUACCUCCACCACAGUUAGCACAACGCCGCCAAGUCAUCAGCCAAUAAUGCAACAGCAACAACACCAACAGCAGCAGCAACAACAACAACAAACCAGCACCACUCUGGCAAUGUCUGUGAACCAAUCGACAGCGAUAGCAGCUGCCGCUCUAUUAACCGGUCCAGAUUUGCCCAAGGACUCGAAUAGCACAACGGCUAGUGCUGGCAGUGCCGUCUCCUCUGACGAUGGCGAGCGCUGGUAUAUAUGUGACUAUGAAUCUUGCGGAUUAAAGUUCAAAUACAAGUCGCGGAUGGAACUGCAUCGUGUGGUGCACAGCAAAGAGCGGCGAUUUAACUGUGAUCUCUGUAGUGCAUCCUUCAAGCAGUCGUGCAAUCUAUCAACGCAUCGUAAAAAGAAACAUGCCAUGAGGGGCAUUAAAAGUGAAUUGCUGCCUCAGCGAUUCUAAGUGCUCGAUUCGGAAACAAUUUUGCAGUGCAAGUUUAGUUUAGUAGUCAACCCAAUUCCCAUCCUCAAGUAUCCCCAAAUCCCCAUUUCCCAUUACAGAAUAUAUGUGUAUAUAUGUAUGUAUGUAUUGGGGGACCCAGCAUUGACUAAGAAAUCCGUAAGGACAGGCGAACGAUCUUGUCUUUACUGUCUCAAAUUGUGCAAAAUUUUCUUGUUUAA